AUGGCGGCGCUUCUCUCGACGUCUGCUCUGCGGCGGAGGUUACGAACGGCGGUGGAGGGCGGGGCCGGCUCCGGGGGCCGGAUAUGGAGGUGGGGAGGCCAAGACGACUCGUCCGAGAAAGGCAAGAAGGCCAUAUCUUUGCUUACAUGGGACGAGCUUCCGGAAUGGCAACAAUGUGGGAGCGAGCACAUUAAGUCGGGUUAUCGUAAAGCAUGCUUCUCAAUGUGGGGAUGCUUCCAUAGUUGGACUUAUGUUCACAACGAGACAAUCAACAUAUAUUCGCACAUAAUCGGCGCCGUAGUCUUCACUCUACUCCCCCUACUCAUCUUCAGCGAUGGCAUCCCGCCAAGGUGGACCAUCGCCUCAACCUCAGACGUGGUCGUCUGCGGCAUCUACGCCCUCGGCGUGACAACAUGCUUCGUCCUCUCAACGGCCUUCCACACCUUCAUGUCCCACAGCGAGGCCUACUACCUCGCCGGCAUCAAAGCAGAUUUCCACGGCGUCCUCGCCCUCAUGUGGAGCUCGACCGCGCCUCUGGCGCACUACACCUUCCCCUGCUCCCCUCGAACCCGCGACGCCUACGUGCUGCUGACGGGAGCCCUGGCGGUGCUGUGCGCGGCGGCGACCGCGAGACCGGACCUGGGCGCCGUCCAUCUCGGGCACCACCGCGCUGCGCUGUUCGCUGCUUUCGGCGUCAUGGCGUUCGUGAUGCCCAUCGCUCAUGGGGCUUUUGUGUUUGGGCUGGUGGAGGAGUGGGCGAGGGUCGGCGGGCCAUGGGUUGCUGUCACGGCGGGGUGUAACGCGUUGGCGGUCUUUAUAUAUUCGACCAAGUUCCCCGAGGUAUGGUUUCCUGGCAGCUUCGAUCUUUUCGGGGCUAGUCACCAGCUCAUGCACAUCUUGGUCCUCGCUGCUGCUCUUUCAUAUGCGAAGGCAGUUGUCGUAGCUUUUGAUUACCGACAUGACCAAAUGCUUGCAUGCUGA